UUAGCCUUGGUUUUCCCUAAUUUAAACCCUACCGCAGGGCUUCUGAGCCCUGCCAUAGGGGAUUUUCUGUUGACUGCAACUGAGUUUUUUAUGCUCAGAAUUGCGUGUCAUGGCAUUUUUAAUGCUUGAUGUCAGAGGUGAUAGAUGGCCAUGGUAAUGGGGAGCCCCUGAAGCACCUGCUGGGCUGAUGGUGGUGGAGCUGUAUCUGGCGUGGAACGCGAGAAAUUAAACAGAGAUCCUAUUUGGAUAAUCUGAAGUUAUCAAGUUUCUGUUCAAGUAUACCAGUUCUAGAACAAGUUGAUAAAUUCAGUUUUAGGACUUUGUGACAGAACAGGUUUUAUUCAGUGCAGAGAGACCCCGAGUGACCUGGUUUGGCUAAGGUUGUUUGGGGUAGCCUAAGUGUCUCUUAGCAUUUCCCCUUCGCGUGUUCGUUUUCUUGCUGUCACAAAUGCUCAAGUACAUGAAUGAUUCCAGGAUAGGAAAAAAGUAGGGGACAGUAUUUAGCAGAGUCCAGAGACAAAGAUUGAGAUGUUUUCAAAUGAACAAAUGUGUAGGAAGGGAAAGGAAAAUCUUUUUACCUGCAAGGUUGGUAGGUUGGGAGAUCUUGUACUUUGAGAACUGUAAGUCCAUACUAAUAUUUCAUUUUGUGUAAUGCCAUAGAUGAUCAUAGAUGCCAUGCCUAAGGUUUGUGUGAUUUGAAUUUUCAUAAAUCAUAUUUUAACCAAAGCAUUACUCCAUAAAGGAAUCCUAGGGUGGGUCUUUCUAUGAAUCAAUCCCUCAGUGUCUUGGAUUUUGAUAUUUGUAGUUUAUUUAAGAUGGAAUAGACAUAUUUACUUGGACUCAGGUUUUCUUUGGAAAUAAUCCUGAGUCAUGCCUUGGAGAAGUUCCUUCUGUGAUCAGAAGAAGCUCAGGUAUCUAGGAGUCUUUAUAAAAGCUGGAUGUGCCCCUUUACCUGUAGUUCUUCCUUCUGGAGCGCCAGGGAAAGAAGGACCUGGGGAGCUCGUAAGUAAAUUAAGAGGACUUCCCAUAUUCACCCUGUCUUCGUGCCAGUGCUCUAAAUUAUUUGUGUCCAUACUCAAGUUUCUGAAUUUACCACAGAAAUUUUGUUUAUAUGGCCACUAGUAUUUUCAUGUUUGUUUAAUACUUGCCAGUCUACAAAUAGCUCUCUAUUCAUGAUCUCACUUAUUUUCUCCUUUCUCGCAAAGCAGCAGCUGGGCAUAAAGAGAGAUUUACUUGGGGUCUCAUAAUAGUAAUGGAGCAGAAUUUGGAUACAGAUCGUCCUCACUCCUAAUCUUCUGUUUCCUCUGCACUUGGCCUGCAUGUGUCUUCAGAACUUUAGUCCUCAUCUGUUACCCUGUAGGUCAUUUGUUGCCUUUGUGUUAUGCCUAACUGGUAUUACUGCUUUGGGGAAGAUGGUAUUAUCUUGUUUUAUCUUGUGGAAACUGAGGGUAAGAGGAGUUUAAUGAUUUUGUGACUAUUUAUGACAGCUCUUUAGUAUUAAGGUCACUUUAAAAUUUAGAGAACCUUUCUUCUAGACAACAUGGAGAGAGGAGAGAGAAAAAAAAUUAGUUUCAGAAAAAAAACCAAUCCAUUUCUUUAGUGGCAUAUGGUUAAGAAUAACCUGCGAUCAUGAUCACAUUCUCCUUGUGCCCCUGGCUACUUGUGCCAGCCUGUAGGUGAAUGUUAACCCAAAGACUCCUUUAGAUGUUGCUGAACUAGUUACUAUAAAAAAUAUUUCACUUUCAAACUUCCACAUUUCAAGAACAGAGAAAUUCAGUACAAAGGUAAUUUGAAGGUAUGUAUAGAUGGAAUUUAUUGAGCCUUCUUUUCUGAAUGCCAGACACAAAGAUUUCCAUAGAAAGGCAGGUUUUUAUUAUUUAUUCAAGUUUGGAGAUAUGUGUAUUGCAAUGUAUAGGUUGUUAUGUAGGAAUAGAAAUUUUGCCCCAGAGAAUUCUUAGUCUUGGUCUGUAGCAGAAAUGAUAAACCCAGAAUAUUUGUGUUAAUAAGUUAGUUCAUUUUUAACCAGAAGGCCUGUAAUUGCAAUUCUACAGUGGUGGAGAGAAUGGCUUUCAGGGUUCUUGGCUUAGUCUUUAAGGUUUUAACUUGUUGAAUUGUGUAUUUUUCAGAUUUGUUACUUUAGAAAAUUCUUAGGUUCUUUUAAGGCUUUUAUAAAUUCUUUAGUGUUUUCCUUAAAUUAAUUAUCUGCUAACAGAAUUCAUACAUUAGUCACAACCUUUGAAGCUUAAAUGUGGGUAAAUUUUCAGUGGUGCUUUAUAUUCUUUGGGAAUUGUCAGCCAGUUUCCACAAGAAUUUUAUUUGGGCCAAAGGUCAGAUUUUUUCAGGUAAACUAAUUUCACAGAGUCUGAAGCCUUUCUUUGAACUUUAUAAUUGUGCUUGGUUGCAGCCACUGUUUAAAAUGAUCUUUAGUACAGCAGCUCACUUUAAAGGAAAUUUUUUUCAUUGUUACCCUCUUAAUCUCCAUUCUCGGCAAUUUUUUCUGAAAUAUUAGAUUUUUCUUUGUUUUCAUCAAAUAAAAUAGGCCCAUUCAAUGCCCAUUUCAAGACCUUCUUUCUGCUGCCUGUUUUGUGGUCAUUUAACUUCUCAUUAAGCCCUCCACUGGAGACCGUGCCAGAAAGAAGAGAAGAUGAAAAGCAAAUAAAUCAUUUUCUAAUUGUUAGCUGCUCUGGAAAAUGAUUUAGAAGAGAUUGAAGCUAUUCCAGAAAUUCUUUUGGAUUAUGUUCUGUUUCAUUCAUCUGCAUUAUCUCUGAGAUGUUCCUGGUAGAUGCUGAUUAUCAAGCUAUUGCAUGACCAAGAAUCUUGCUGCUUUUUUUUGGUUUGUUUCUUGCCGUUUCUAAGCAUUCCCAUAGAGGAUGUUUAGAAUGAGGAGUAGUGAUAAAACUUAAAUUAAUACUAUUUUUUUCUCUCAGUGAACAAUUAGAUUUUUUGGAUAGUUAAGUCAUUGUUAUUGUAUAGUAACUUUGUUUUAUUUUGAUGUUGGGAGGCUUUGGGGUGUUUUUUAAGAAACAUGGGCUUAUAUAUUCCCAUAAUUGCUUUCCUGAAUUAUUAAGCUUGAGGUUUCAUUACAUCUUUGUACUAGAACAGAACCUUGGCUUUUGCUGUGGAACAGAUUCAGGGGCAUCAUCUAAUUUUCCUUUUAUGAUUGCUCAAGAAGUUAUCUUGUUAUGAUUUAGCAGCUACAAAGGAAAACAAAUAAUAGUGGAGAGACCUUGCCUAACAGCUGUAACAUUGAUGUCUGAUUUUUUUGCUUGUUGUUGGUCCCCCAUUUCUCAUUUAACCAUUGGAUAUUCAUUUAUUGGAGUUCUUUACUUCACUUAAAAGACAGGACAGCAGCCUUCGAUCACACAAGUGAGUAGGUUCUUUCUAUUUUGCUUCAGGGGAAUUUUUACAAACCCAUUAUGACUGCUCACUUAGACUGAGUUACUGUUAAAUUUGUAAGUAAAUUCUUAGUAGGUGGAUAGGGUUAAUAGAGAGCUGUAGAGAGUCUAAAGUUAAUCCUUUAAGUUUCUUGUUUCUUGGAUUCUGUUCUUUUGAUUUCCACCCAAGGAGAGGAUUUAUGGAAAGAUCUAGACUAGGAGUCAGAAAACCCAAGUUCUUAUUCUGUUACUUUCCAGCUGUGGGACUUUGAGCAAGUCACUUAAUAUGCUGUUUCUCUAUUUUGCAUCUCUAAAAUGGGUACAGUAAUUCAUGCUCUGCUUACUGUAUCAGGAAUGUUUUGUGUGUUCGGCGGGGGAAGGCUCCCUCCCCCUUUUACUUAAAUUGUUUCUUCAUUCUAGCAUCCCUUCUCAGGUUGUCCAAUAUUCCUGCAGAGUUCUACUGAGCAGGUUUUUCGUAGAAGUCUUCCAUUUUUCCAUUUGGAAUUGUUCUUACUCUUUCUUCUGGAAGGCCUCUUCCAGUCUAUGUAUUAUAUAGCACUUUUGAAUUCUGUUUUGUACUUCAGUUGUUGCAUGUUGCCUUUCUAGUUAGAUAGAAAGCUCUGUGAGGGCAAGGAUUGUACCUUUCCUGUUUCGGUGUGUACACGUUGCACAUAAUGUUUAUUGACCUACAGUAAAUGUUGGUUGACUGAGUUAUAUUUAAGGCUAUCAGGAAUGAAUACUUUGAGUGAUGAGAAAAUACCAAAGAUGAGCAUCUUACCAGAAUUUUUGGAUGAUAGGCCUUUUAAAUUGCUCAGUUACUGAUAGUCCGUUAUAUCAGUAACUGAAUCAGCUCCUCAUAAUACAGAUUGGUAAACCCUGUGUCUUGGUUUGCUUGACUUCAAAUACUGUUUGUGAAGCAAGUCAGAGGAAUGAAAAAUUGUCACAACAGUCUAGAAUUUGACAUUUGUUCCAUUUCUCACCCUAAAGCAUGUGGAGGCCUAUCUAUAUCCAGUUGCUGAGUGUAGAGAAUAAAAACUGCACGUUGUCUGGUCCACGUUUUAGCUUGUUUGCUUUGAAGAAUUUUUGAGGUGGAGAAAUAGAUGCUUCAGGCUCUGAUUUCAGCCCAUGCUGUGCUAUGCAAAUGUUCUCUACAUGCCUGAGUGACCUUUUGAGAAAGAGCCUUUGUGAUCUUCUGUAGCCAGGGCCUGUUCUGGGAAUAGUGUGCCAGAUUCCUCUAAAAUUGGGAAAAGUGAAUCUAUUCAAAGACCACAUAAAAAAGCGCAUGCUUUUCCUGAAUAAAUACUGAUAUGUCCAUGUAUCUUACUGUCUCUUGCCAGAUUUUAAAAUUUGCUCUGCAGUUUGCUUUGCUGGUUGAUUUGGGGAAUGAUGUGUGUGAGAGGGAACUGACUAAAGCAAUUCAGUAGCUGGGAAACUGUUUGUUUAAAUGAUUUUGAAUUGUAGGUAAAAUAAAUUCAAACUGGCAUCAUUAAGUAUCUGGGUGUUUAUCAGUGUCCUCAGGCUGGCUCUUCUUAACUGCUGGCUGAAUGACUCCUAAACAGAUUAGUAAGGUUCUUUUUGCCUUAAAUUGUGCUCUAAUGGUUUGGCAUUUAAAUAGUUUUCUAUUUGUUUUGAUUAUUGUAUAAAAUGAAAUAUAUCAUUAAAAGUAUAAUUAAAUACCAUUCUGAUGUAUUUCUCUUGGAAAGUGAUGCUGGUGUUUUGAGCUGAGAUGUAUAGUUUUUAUUGCUUUUACUGAGAUGUUUGGUUUGUAUAGCUUAAAUACUGGUGAAAAAAUUUUUUUCGUUUCUCUUAAACCUUUUUGAUAGAGAUCAUCAUAGAUUUGUACAAGGAUAAAGUUGUAGAGUUAAUCAUAAUGUUCUAUAGAAAAUCUAAAAAUUGAAUUUUCAGAGAAGAUAGGUAGAAUUUGAAUGACCAGUUUACUUACUGGGUGAUAAUUUUCCCUGGAAAGAUUAGCUAGCUACACCUUGGAAAAAGCUACACAUCGCGGGAAGGAUAGAGAACUCAUAGAAAGUCCUGGAGAAAUGCUUUCUUCCCCAGAUCUUUGUCCUGUAGCAGGUUUUAAUUGAGCAAAGAUGAGUCCUUGUCUGGUGUUUUGCCUGCUUUUUAGGGUGGAGAAAUCUUUCUUUUUGUAGUUACAUGUGCUGUCAUGUCUUUUUCUCCUCCCCAAGUUUCCCUGGAACCUGGGCUCCCCAAGACGCAGCGCUGGAGCAGAUGGAUAAUGGAGACUGGGGCUAUAUGAUGACUGACCCAGUCACGUUAAAUGUAGGUGGACACUUGUACACAACGUCUCUCACUACAUUGACGCGCUACCCGGAUUCUAUGCUUGGAGCUAUGUUUGGGGGGGACUUCCCCACAGCUCGAGACCCUCAAGGCAACUACUUCAUUGAUCGAGAUGGACCUCUUUUCCGAUAUGUCCUCAACUUCUUGAGAACUUCAGAGUUGACCUUACCCCUGGAUUUUAAGGAAUUUGAUCUGCUUCGGAAAGAAGCAGAUUUUUAUCAAAUCGAGCCCUUAAUUCAGUGUCUCAAUGACCCUAAGCCUUUGUAUCCUAUGGAUACUUUUGAAGAAGUUGUGGAGCUAUCUAGUACUCGGAAGCUUUCGAAGUACUCCAAUCCAGUAGCUGUCAUCAUAACCCAAUUAACCAUCACCACCAAGGUCCAUUCUUUACUAGAAGGCAUCUCAAACUAUUUUACAAAGUGGAAUAAGCACAUGAUGGACACCAGGGACUGCCAGGUUUCCUUUACUUUUGGACCCUGUGAUUAUCACCAGGAAGUUUCUCUUCGGGUCCACCUGAUGGAAUACAUUACAAAACAAGGCUUCACGAUCCGCAACACUCGAGUGCAUCACAUGAGUGAGCGGGCUAAUGAGAACACAGUGGAGCACAACUGGACUUUCUGUAGGCUGGCCCGGAAGACGGAUGACUGAUCUGCAACCCUGGGAGAAGUUCCUGGAAACUGUCUCCAGGAGAUGGAAGAUGAUUUUUUUUUUUUUAAAUCACAGUGUGGGUUUUCUUUUUUUUUUUUUUAUUUGUAUUUAUUUGAAGGCGUUGAGAACCAGAAGGAAGUUUUGUGCUUUAGGAGACUCCUCUGUUUUGUUCCCUUCUCCCUGAGUAUGCAUGUGCCUGUUCAGAGCCUCCAGAUACCUUUUUUAUAAAAAGAAGUCUGAAAAUCAUUAUGGUAUAUAAUCUACCCUUAACAGAGCUUUUUUUUUUUUUUUAUUACAGUGCUAAAAUGAUUUCUGAUUUAAUGGUCCCUAACUCAACUAGAAGGCUAAAAAUGCAGGAAUGAAAGAAUAAACAGAGUACUCAUAAUGCCUUUGAGAAAAAUCAAAACAUCAUGUUGGGUGACCUAGUUUCCAAACCAAUAACCAGUAUUGUAAUAUUAAAGAAAAACUGUUCCAAUCAUUUAAAAGUACUUGUUAAGUGCUGCUUUUUACAGUUAUGACAACUGUUUCUUUCUAUGCAUAUAAAUCAAGCAACCAAAUAUCUGUAGCCAUGGAAAUGUCUGACUAGAAAUAUUUAUAUUGGAUUCUGAAUACAAAAUGUCCCUGUGGUAGAAAUCUUACUUCUUAUGCCUGGUGGAGUGUAAUUCCCAAGUGUACUGUCUACCGGGGGAAAAAAAAACUAAUAAAAAAUGAAAUACAAAAAUUA